CAAAAAGCGUCGAAAGCGGCGCGAUAACCAGAACGAUCAGAGAUUUUUCUUUUCAAAGAACUCAAUUAGGAUGUCGGUCUUUGCGCUUCUUUUUCUUCGAUCUCGAUCCAAUUGUUACUUCAUUUCGUUCGCAGUUUAGAAAAACGGGACACUUCAACGGCCAAGUUAUAAAUAAUUGAAAGAAAACGAUCCAACUUCCACGUUAUGCAACAUUAUAUUUUUCUUCAUGCUCUAACUGCAAUUUGAAUAACGUGAAAAUCACGGGAAUCUUAAAAAGAAAUCACGAGUAAUAAAUUAAUUGCUUCCUGUACUUCGCCGUUUUGCUCCAACGAUUCGCACGAUAAAUAGAGAUCUGCGUUUCAUGUAAUCGGGAUUACGAAACUUCUGCCUCGUAUCUUCUUCAGCAUCGUUUAAAAUAAAUUAAUUCCCGUUGCAUGAUCGCGUGUUAUUAAACAACGAAUUCCGUUUCACGCGUCUUAACCAAAAGAUCGAGCGGAACCACGAAGAGAGAUUCGUGAGAAUCUGACAUAAAUUUUCGAUUCUCUUACAUUAAAAAUCUCCAAGAAAGAAAGAUCUCUCGUUCAGAAUAUCAUUCAGAAUAUACCUCAACUUAUCGAGAACAGAUUUAUCCUCUUCUUUACUAAACUUUACUUAAGAAAAGAAUCUUUCAUAUCGUCCCCCUUCCCUCUCUCUGUAUAUCCAAGCGGAACAACCAAGACAGAUCCCUUCUUCCCAGGAUUCGAUUAAUUGCUCGACUGUGAAAUUGACGGUGUAAUUAACGGAUCGAGGCCCGCGUUUUUUUUCCACGCGGACAGUGUCCCAUUGUCGUCGAUCGAAAUGUUCGGUCGGGGACCAAUGGUGGCCAAUGAUCGAAGAGAAGAGAAGACGGAGGUGGAAUGGACAGUGUAUUUUUCGUCACGCGUCAAGUACCAAGUUAGAUGGCGGUCUCCUUCUCUGGCCUUUUCACGUCCCACCUAUAUAUAAACUAAUGGUCCGGCCUAGGGCGAAUGUCAGUUAACAUUUCAUUUGCCGCGUGGACGGUGCUCGCGUAAAUCGACCGGUUACUUUACUUCUCUCGAUACAAUCUGUGGAUAAGAAUAAUUCGAUAAUUCGUUCGAUGGGCGUAGUCGCGUUCUUCCCUUUCCAAAAGUGUAAUAAAUUGAGAAGUGCAAGUUCUAUCGUCAAGUUCCUAUCGUAGAAUAUAUUGGAUCGAUAGUAGAUAGUAGAGAUAGAGAAGAGAUGCUGCUGUUGAUGUAUCCUAUAUUGCUCUUCCUGCCUGUGUUGACGAUGGCGGAAACCACGCAGGCAACCACGAUGCAGGAAAGGUGGAGGUCCCAGCUGGAAGAUUGGAGAAGGCCCGUUGAUUGGAUCGGCGAUGGAAUUUUCAACGUUGCCGGCACCGUCCUUCCUGUUACUCGAUCACCGUUCGACGGAAUACGAGCGCGUAGGAAGAAGAAACACAAGUUGAACAAAUACGUUAUCCCCCUGAUCGUGGGAUUCAUGCUAAUAAAAUCGAUCCUGCUCCCUAUUGCCUUGAAGACUUUGGCCAUUUUAAGCGGCAAGGCGGUCGUUCUCAGCUUGAUGAGCUUGAUACUGGCGGCCAUCGUGGGGCUGAAGAAGGUGGCACAGGGGGGCCACUCGGGAGGGAGUUACGAGGUUCUAACCGUGCCCCACAACAAGUACAAGAGGCAGGAUUAUCUGGACACGGGUGACGACUUGAUGGACACAGAGCCUUACAAGUUUUAUAGGGAACGACGCAGGAGAAAGAUCAAAUUUGUUCAGGAGUAGGGGAAAAGUUUUCCUGAAAAAGCGAACGAGACUGCGUUAACUCGAAUUAAAGAAGAUGAAUUUGAGUCGUAUAAACAAUUACACUUUUUUACAUCGAAAGAAUCUCGACAUCGAUCGAUAAUUUGAUACAAUUGAUGUUUAUUAUUACAAUAUGCUGUAAUAGGAUGUUGAUCUUAACGAUUAAUGCAAAAGGAAUUAAAAUGUCGGUCGAAAAUGAAACUUUGCUUGCAUGCCAGAGUUUCUGUCAUUUAUCGACAACAAGGUUCGAGGUGUAUAUAUGUAUAAAACUUUCUUUAUUCGUACAAAUACGAACGAGACUCGCUAAUUAUUCCGUUACGCAAAAGGAACGGAGCAAGAACGAGGUAAGAAGUUAGCGGAUGAAAAGU